AUGCUGAAAAAGAGCACACCAGGUCUCUGGGAACCAGAGCACGUGAGAGAUGUAGGAGGGACUGCAGUUUGGAGCCAGGUGGUGGAAGUUCUCCAGUCUCCUGCUAGGAAGUUGGGCUUGUAUUCAGCAGACAAUGCAGGAAAGGAGAGGGCUGGGCCCGGCGGGGAGUCACCGCCGGGUCGGUGCGCGCGCCCUACUCCCCGAGCGCGGCCCCGGGAGCGCACACUGCGCAGGGGAGGCCAAGUUCCCGUCCGGGUGCGCGCCCAAGGCCCCGUCCUCCCGCCUCCCUUGCGCGCCUCCGCCCAUAUCCAUCCCGGUGCACGGACCCUUCCCCCACCCCAUCCCCUGCCCCCAUUUCCAGUGCGCGCGCCCUUCCGCACCCCCAUCCACGCCCCUGUGCGCGCCCCCUUCCCCCACCCCAUCCCCCACCCCAUCCCCUGUCCCCCACCUCCGGUGCGCGCGCCCUUCCCCACCUUCAUCCCCGUCCCGGUGCGCGCCUCCUUCCCCCACCCCCCUCCUCUGCCCCCACCACCGGUGCGCGCGCCCUUCCCCACCCCCGUCCCCGCCCCGGUGCGCGCCCCCGCCCCGCCUCCUUCCCCGCCCCGUGCGCCCUCGCCGCCACGCGCAUCGGCGGAGCAGCGGCGGCUCCUGGAAGGGAAGGCGCCGCCCCUGGAGGUGCGGGCCCGGCUGGCCGAGCUGGAGCUGGAGCUGUCGGAAGGUGACAUCACACAAAAAGGAUAUGAAAAGAAGAGGUCGAAACUGAUUGGAGCCUACCUGCCCCAGCCUCCGACAGCGAAUGGAGCUGCCGUGGUCCGGUGUAGACUGCAGCACAGUGAAGGAGCCCCGAGAAGAAUGCUGCACUCUGGCAACAUCGGGGUGUGUGACAUCCGAGAAGCCGCGGUCCGAGAGCGGGCCGCCAGCACUGCAGGAAACCGGCCGCUGUUUUACUUUCGUUUCGGGGUGGAUCAAGCUUUGCCUCCAGAGCGCCGGGCUCCAGUUACUCCUUCCUCUUCCUCGCGCUAUCACCGCCGAAGGUCCUCAGGGUCACGAGAUGAGCGCUAUCGGUCGGAUGUCCAUACAGAAGCUGUUCAGGCAGCGCUUGCUAAACACAAAGAAAGGAAGAUGGCAGUGCCUAUGCCUUCCAAACGCAGGUCCUUGGUUGUGCAGACCUCGAUGGAUGCCUACACACCUCCAGAUACCUCCUCUGGCUCGGAAGACGAAGGCUCAGUGCAGGGGGACUCCCAGGGGACCCCCACCUCCAGCCAGGGCAGCAUUAACAUGGAGCACUGGAUCAGCCAGGCCAUCCAUGGCUCUACCACCUCCACCACCUCUUCCUCUUCCACCCAAAGUGGGGGAAGCGGUGCCGCCCACAGACUAGCCGACGUCAUGGCCCAGACGCACAUAGAAAAUCACUCUGCACCUCCUGAUGUAACCACUUACACCUCAGAACACUCAAUACAAGUAGAAAGGCCGCAAGGCUCAACGACAUCACGGACAGCACCCAAGUAUGGCAAUGCUGAGCUCAUGGAGACUGGUGAUGGAGUGCCAGUAAGUAGCCGGGUAUCAGCAAAAAUUCAGCAGCUCGUCAACACCCUCAAACGACCUAAACGACCGCCAUUAAGGGAGUUCUUUGUUGAUGACUUUGAAGAAUUGUUAGAAGUUCAACAACCAGAUCCAAACCAGCCAAAGCCAGAGGGAGCCCAGAUGUUGGCAAUGCGAGGGGAGCAGCUGGGUGUGGUUACGAACUGGCCGCCGUCUCUAGAAGCCGCGUUACAGAGAUGGGGGACCAUCUCCCCAAAGGCCCCAUGCUUGACCACAAUGGACACGAACGGGAAGCCCCUGUACAUCCUCACUUAUGGCAAACUGUGGACAAGAAGUAUGAAGGUUGCUUACAACAUUCUGCAUAAAUUAGGUACAAAGCAAGAGCCUAUGGUGCGACCUGGAGAUAGGGUGGCGCUGGUGUUCCCCAACAAUGACCCUGCUGCCUCCAUGGUGGCCUUCUACGGCUGCCUGCUUGCCGAAGUCGUUCCUGUGCCCAUCGAAGUGCCACUCACGAGAAAGGAUGCAGGAAGCCAGCAGAUCGGGUUCUUGCUUGGAAGCUGUGGAGUGACAGUAGCCUUGACGAGCGAUGCUUGCCACAAAGGCUUGCCAAAAAGCCCAACAGGGGAGAUCCCACAGUUCAAAGGUUGGCCAAAGCUAUUAUGGUUUGUCACAGAGUCAAAACAUCUCUCUAAACCUCCUCGAGAUUGGUUCCCACAUAUUAAAGAUGCAAAUAAUGACACCGCCUAUAUUGAGUAUAAGACGUGCAAGGAUGGAAGUGUGCUUGGGGUGACCGUGACAAGAAUUGCACUGCUGACACACUGCCAGGCCCUCACACAGGCGUGUGGCUACACAGAAGCUGAAACAAUUGUGAAUGUGUUGGAUUUCAAGAAAGACGUUGGGCUCUGGCACGGAAUCCUAACAAGUGUCAUGAACAUGAUGCACGUGAUCAGCAUCCCAUACUCGCUGAUGAAGGUGAACCCGCUCUCCUGGAUUCAGAAGGUCUGCCAGUACAAAGCAAAAGUGGCUUGUGUGAAGUCCAGGGACAUGCACUGGGCGUUAGUGGCACACAGGGAUCAAAGAGACAUCAACCUCUCCUCCCUCCGGAUGCUGAUAGUGGCUGAUGGCGCAAACCCCUGGUCUAUUUCUUCCUGCGAUGCGUUUCUGAAUGUCUUCCAAAGUAAAGGCUUGCGCCAGGAGGUCAUCUGUCCCUGUGCCAGCUCACCAGAGGCACUCACAGUGGCCAUCCGGAGGCCCACAGACGACAGCAACCAGCCCCCGGGCCGGGGCGUCCUCUCCAUGCACGGGCUGACCUACGGCGUCAUCCGGGUGGACUCGGAAGAAAAGCUGUCUGUGCUCACUGUGCAGGACGUUGGCCUCGUGAUGCCUGGAGCCAUCAUGUGUUCAGUGAAGCCGGAUGGGAUUCCUCAGCUGUGUAGAACAGAUGAAAUUGGGGAGCUCUGUGUGUGUGCGAUUGCCACAGGCACAUCCUAUUACGGCCUCUCAGGCAUGACCAAGAACACCUUCGAGGUGUUCCCUGUGAUGAGCUCAGGGGCCCCAGUCAGCGAGUACCCCUUCGUGAGGACCGGCCUGCUGGGCUUCGUCGGCCCUGGGGGGCUGGUGUUUGUGGUGGGCAAGAUGGAUGGGCUCAUGGUGGUCAGCGGCCGCAGACACAACGCUGAUGACAUUGUGGCCACAGCGCUGGCCGUGGAGCCCAUGAAGUUUGUCUACCGGGGAAGGAUAGCCGUGUUCUCAGUGACUGUCCUCCAUGACGAGAGGAUAGUUAUUGUGGCCGAGCAGAGGCCGGACUCCACGGAGGAGGACAGCUUCCAGUGGAUGAGCAGGGUGCUCCAGGCAAUCGACAGCAUACAUCAAGUUGGCGUUUAUUGUCUGGCCUUGGUUCCGGCAAACACCCUCCCCAAAACCCCACUCGGUGGGAUCCAUUUGUCAGAAACAAAGCAGCUUUUCCUGGAGGGCUCCCUUCAUCCCUGCAACGUCCUCAUGUGCCCCCACACUUGUGUCACAAACUUGCCUAAACCUCGACAGAAGCAACCAGAAAUCGGCCCCGCCUCUGUGAUGGUGGGGAACCUGGUGUCUGGGAAGAGGAUUGCGCAGGCCAGCGGUAGAGACCUGGGGCAGAUUGAAGACAACGACCAGGCCCGGAAGUUCCUGUUUCUCUCGGAGGUCCUGCAGUGGAGGGCUCAGACCACCCCCGACCACGUCCUGUACACGCUGCUCAACUGUAGGGGUACAAUAGCAAACUCACUGACGUGUGUCCAGCUGCACAAGCGAGCCGAGAAGAUAGCUGUGAUGCUGAUGGAGAGAGGGCGCCUGCAAGACGGGGACCACGUGGCUCUUGUCUACCCACCAGGAAUAGACCUCAUUGCAGCAUUUUAUGGUUGCCUGUAUGCAGGCUGUGUGCCAAUCACCGUCCGUCCUCCACACCCACAGAACAUUGCAACAACGCUGCCAACUGUGAAGAUGAUCGUGGAGGUGAGUCGCUCUGCCUGUUUGAUGACAACACAACUGAUCUGUAAGUUGUUACGGUCCAGGGAGGCAGCUGCAGCUGUGGAUGUCAGGGCGUGGCCCCCCAUACUAGACACAGAUGAUUUGCCAAAGAAGCGGCCUGCCCAGAUCUACAAACCUUCCAACCCAGACACGCUAGCUUAUCUUGAUUUUAGUGUGUCCACGACUGGGAUGCUAGCUGGAGUAAAGAUGUCUCAUGCAGCCACCAGUGCCUUUUGCCGUUCUAUUAAGCUGCAGUGUGAGCUCUAUCCCUCAAGAGAAGUGGCCAUCUGCUUGGACCCUUACUGUGGACUUGGGUUUGUCCUAUGGUGCCUCUGCAGUGUGUACUCUGGGCACCAGUCCAUUCUCAUCCCACCUUCAGAGUUGGAAACCAAUCCUGCCUUGUGGCUUCUUGCCGUGAGUCAGUACAAAGUCCGGGAUACAUUUUGCUCCUAUUCGGUGAUGGAACUUUGUACCAAGGGGCUGGGCUCGCAGACAGAAUCCCUCAAGGCACGAGGACUGGACUUGUCUCGUGUGCGGACGUGUGUGGUUGUGGCAGAAGAACGGCCUCGAAUAGCACUCACCCAGUCCUUCUCAAAACUGUUUAAAGACCUGGGCCUCCAUCCUCGGGCCGUUAGCACCUCGUUUGGCUGUAGAGUGAACCUGGCAAUUUGCUUGCAGCCCCACAGGCUGUGGAAGCUGGCCGAGCAGGGGACCUCGGGACCUGACCCCACCACUGUCUACGUUGACAUGAGAGCUCUAAGACACGACAGAGUCCGUUUAGUAGAAAGAGGAUCUCCUCAUAGCCUGCCCCUGAUGGAGUCAGGAAAAAUACUUCCGGGGGUUCGGAUCAUAAUUGCCAAUCCAGAAACAAAAGGACCAUUGGGAGACUCACACCUGGGUGAGAUCUGGGUUCACAGUGCCCACAACGCCAGUGGAUAUUUCACUAUUUACGGAGAUGAAUCCCUCCAGUCAGAUCACUUCAACUCGAGGUUAAGUUUUGGAGACACCCAGACAGUCUGGGCGCGCACGGGCUACCUGGGGUUCCUGCGGAGGACGGAGCUCACAGACGCCAACGGAGAGCGCCACGAUGCCCUGUACGUGGUAGGCGCCCUGGACGAAGCCAUGGAGCUGCGGGGGAUGCGCUAUCACCCCAUCGACAUUGAAACCUCAGUGAUCAGAGCCCACAAAAGCGUUACAGAAUGUGCUGUGUUCACCUGGACAAAUUUGUUGGUGGUUGUGGUGGAGCUUGAUGGGUCAGAGCAAGAAGCCCUGGACCUGGUUCCCCUGGUGACCAAUGUGGUCCUGGAGGAGCACUACCUGGUGGUGGGAGUGGUGGUGGUGGUGGACAUCGGUGUCAUCCCCAUCAACUCCCGGGGCGAGAAGCAGCGCAUGCACCUGCGAGACGGGUUUCUGGCAGACCAGCUGGACCCCAUCUACGUUGCCUACAACAUGUAGUCUUGUCUCCACUCCCUUGGACUUUGUAGAGAUGGAACAUUUUUCUCAGCGUCACUGAAGUGUGCAGAAGCGAGGGUGACAUUCGCCAGAAUGGAGCCUUUUAUUGCACGCUGCCGAGGAGGAGGCUUCUCCACAGCACCCGACUGGCGUGGGGACGAAAUGUGAACUUACCACUGAAGUUUGCUCAGAAGGAUUUUGGAUUAUUGCCUGCAGUUUGUUGGAAAAGCCCAUUUCAAAAACUUUCUUUUCUUUCUUUUUUUUUUAAUUAUUGGAUAAUAAGUGCUUUCUUCGUAAAUGUGGUAUUUUGUUAAGCCAAAAUAGCAAUUAAAAAAAUAUUCUGCCCUCCAGAUGGGUUCUUUUAAACAAUUUAUGUAGUGUGACGAAGAAUUGUUUUCUCUGUUUUAAUGUGUCAUGAAAUCUUAAUGACAUGGACCUGUUACUAAUUUAAGCCAUUGCUAGAACUCAUCCUUUUAGGAAAGUUUGUUGAGGUACGAGAAAACCUUCCAAAUAGCACCUUCCAAUUAGAUUUUAGCAGCUUUCUUUGUCAGAAAUGUGCUGAAGAAUCAAAGGCUGAUAUGUGGCCUUUGAAGUUAGCAUAGAAUGAGGAGAAAUUAUAAAUAAGGUGUAUUUCGGCAAUUAUCUUGCAGAUAUCUUUGUACUAAACUAAAAGAUGAAAUAAGUUAACUACUUCAUAUGUAAUUAUGUACAAAACGUUUAAUUUAUUUUGAUCUCUUUAGAAGUAUAAAAGAGAAAAACAUUCAAGAAUAUUAAAGUCUUGUAAUGUUUGCUAAUAUAAAAAAGUGUUGUAUUAUCUUGCGUGGAUAGUAUCACAACAAAUAUAUAUAUAUGAAAUAUAAAUUCACUAAUGAACCAAGGAGAUUUUAAAGUUUAAAAUGCAGAGCCUGUCACUUGCAUGGUGUCCCCUCCACGGAACUGUAGAUAGAGAGACUCUCACCCGCUUUGCUGCUGCGAGCAAUCGCAGAGUGCCUGUAGCCCAGGCUGAACGUUUCUUCUAGAACCAGAGAGCAGCAAGUGAAAUUAUUGUCAUCUAAAGAUGGUGGAGUCUGAGGCUACUGUGCACUGUUUUUCCUUUGCUGUGGGGGCCACACGAGCAGUUUGUGCCAGCACGUGCUUACGACACCAAGCAGGCGUGAGGGAAGGCAGGUGGCAAGGAGCACUGUUCUCUUAGCUGCAAGAAUUCGUUGCACAAUGUUUUUCAUCCUUUUUGUUAGUGUCACCUUUUUUCGGUCCUUGGUAUGAAAAGGAAUGAUAUGUGGUCAUUUGCACCAGGGUGUGUUGAUUCCCCUCAGAUGGCCACUGUGUGGAGUGGACAAAGUGUCCGGAACCGCUUUACGGGAAAGGACUCACAUAGGAGAUCGUCACCUCAGCCAGCUCUCUGGGGCUCCCUGGCCCGGGGUGCGCAGAACCCACUGGGAGCCUGCGUGAGCUGCCCCGGGACUCUGAACAGAGCCAUGGCUGCAGCAAGGAAGCCUCAUGGCUGCCUUCGUUCGCCACCUGGGGCUGACACGUUUCUGAUUUUAGUCUCGCUGCUGCCUCACACGCCUUCGAAUUUCCAGAGCGCAUCUGUACACUCCUUGAUGGAAUCGGCCCAUCUGUGCCAACCAAGAAGAGAUAUCAGCUCUCCAAGCGUGAUUUACUUUGUAAUUGCCCCAAUAUGACCCUGCAGUGGCUCUCGUUGCUAGGUAUGCAUGACUAAGAUUGUUGCUGGGCAAAAUUUAGAUUCACUUUUCAUUAUAUCGUGGGCGAUGUCCUUACCUGCCUUUGCUAUAUGUGCCAGCAGUAAGCCCUUUGCUAAAAGAGAGUUUUGUUUGACUUCUGAGAUCCAAGGCUAAUUGUUUUUUAAAAAUUUUAAGUGGCAUAUUUUUUUAAUUGCAUGUGGGGUGCAUCCUUCCAUCUCCACAAAUCAUUUGAUUUUUAAAAUAUCGUUUGACUUUAUUGCUGUGUAUGAAUAUUUCUCGACAUGCUUCAGAUACACAUUCCUACAGUCUUCUGCUUCCUAAGGGGAAAACCCACCACACACUGGAAAAAGACGUGUUCUUAUACACACCCACCUUGUUUAAGGAAAGAGGAAUUAAGGUUUCAGAUAAAGUACUGAUUGGGAAACACAGUUGCAGAAUAACUUGUCAGGUCCAGCUGAGGUUGGAAGCAAACAAAUCAGGUGUCACUUCAAACACAACCUUCCCCUUCACCACAUCAGCUUCACGUGCCAGGCGUGCGGUUGUGGACGCGGUUAGUGACAGCCUGUCGUCUCUGGUGUUAGAGUGGAGGUCCAAAGGUUGGGGGCUGGGAUUGAAAUUCUGUUGUGCAAGAAAAAGGAAAGGAGACACUUAAGAACCUCCCAUGUCAGCAAUAAAGAAGGAUCAUUCUGUAUUAGAAAUCGUGCUGUAGAUAAGUCGUUCCUGAGAAUGUAACAGGUGUUUGUCUUGUGACCUUGUGCUUCUGAAGUCAGACAAAACCGUGUCAUCAACUUGCACAAAAGAGGGUACACAGUGCACAUCGAAACACAGCCCUGACCCGACAGGGCGGCCUCCUCAUGGUGCUUGUCUAUUAUCUAUAUUUAAUCCUGCUUGACACUUUACCCAAGGGAAACGGGCCCUUUUAUCAGUUGAAUGUUAGCAGCGUUAUUUCAUAGAGUGUGGUGGCUGGUUAGAGGAAUGUGCUCAACCAGUCACUGUUUCAAAGGAAAUUUUUAUGUGCAAAGGAUGGCAACCUUCUCGUAUGUAAACCACCAGUAAGCUUUGUACAUCUGUGAUAACGCCUGUUUUAUAUUCAAAUGAACAAAUAAAAGCUUUUAUUUUUGUUGCUCUGAAA